AUGUUUCUUACUACUCUUCUCUCUUUCGCUUUGAGGUAUGCUUGGAUGAGUACAUGUGACAUGUUUAGCUGCAUGGACUGACCCAGCGAAGCGCAUCAGCUGCCUCAACCCCCAAAUUUGCCCGGCAAAACACCAACGCUCCAACACGCUAUGCUGUACGUGCGGAGCUUCUCACAGCAUGCACCUUCGCUGACUCUAGUGACAGGUUCAAACUCCCCCUUUGGAUACCGACUGGACAUAUCAAGUCGGCACGAACCCCUGGCCACAGUACCCCAGGCCGAAGCUGGUCCGCGAAGAAUGGCAAAGCUUGAACGGACUUUGGACCUACUCCAAUGCCACCAGCUUGGAUGCCGUCAAUGACCCGCCCUUCAAUCAGACCCUCCCUCGCCAAGUUCUUGUCCCAUUCUGCCUCGAGAGUGCUCUUUCUGGAAUUCAAGAAACUCGCCUGUUGUAUUCCUGGUACCAGACUCAUUUUACAAUCCCUUCCAACUGGACAGGGGAGAGGAUACUUCUCAACUUCGAUGCUGUCGACUAUGAAGCUACAGUCUUCGUGAACGGGCAGAAUGCUACCUUUCAUCGUGGAGGUUACUUUGCCUUCUCCGUCGACGUGACGGGAUACAUUGACCGUGGAGGAAGCAAUGAGCUGUGAGUCUGCUCUCGAGCGAUGCCCUUUUCCCGCACUGACGAAACAUUCCAGCAUUGUCUUCGUCCACGAUCCGACCGACAGCGGCGACUAUGUCAUUCCCAUUGGUAAACAGAGCCUCCAUCCUUCCCAUAUCUUCUACCGUCCUUGCUCAGGUAUCUGGCAGAGCGUAUGGCUUGAAGCCGCUCCAGCCAACUACAUCACGAGCCUGAACAUCAAUGGCGAUGCGAGCGGAAACCUGAACAUGACCGUGGACGCCGCGCAGAGCAACUUGACGAGCGUGGACGUCACGGUGAAGGAGAAGGAGUCCGGCAAGACGAUGGGCACAUAUCGAGGAAACGUGGGAAUGCCUUUCUCAUUCAACGUCAACUCAGUACAGCCGUGGUCCCCCGACUCACCAAACCUGUAUGAUGUUGACAUCAAGAUGGGCGAGGAUACUGUCAGGAGCUAUACCGGAUUCCGAACUGUCAGCAGAGGGGAGAUCAAUGGUGUGCAGAGAAUCUUGCUCAACGGACAAGCUUUUUUCCCAUUUGGAACAUUGGACCAGGGAUACUGGCCGGAUGGCUUGUACACUCCCCCUACCUACGAAGCCAUGACUUACGACAUCCACCAGCUGAAGAAGAUUGGCUACAAUAUGCUGCGAAAGCACAUCAAGGUCGAAUCGCCUCUCUACUACGCUGCUGCAGACGAGAUUGGUAUCCUGGUGAUUCAAGACAUGCCAGCUCUCCGACCCCUCCAGAGCCAUACCUUUCCCAACUGCACCACGCGCACCGUCCUCCCUGACCCAGCUCAGCAACAGGAAUUCCAGCGUCAGCUUGAACUUCUGGUCAACCAGUUCAAGUCCUACACCUCCAUCUUUACUUGGCUCAUCUAUAACGAAGGCUGGGGCCAGCUCACAGACAACAACUACCCCGAGUUCGCCUUGACCGACAUCGUUCGCAACCUCGACCCCACCCGUCUCGUGGACGCCACAAGUGGCUGGUACGACCAUGGCGCGGGAGACUUCAGCGACAAUCAUCACUACGCCAACGCCCAGUGCGGAACACCCUUCUCCUCCAUCGCCAGCAGCCCCUUCGACCCCAGCCGCAUCGGCUUCCAAGGCGAAUUCGGCGGCAUCGGCCAGAACGUCUCCGCCGAGCAUCUGUGGAAGGUACAGCAAGCGAUCGACGGCAUCAACCAGACGUACGAGAUCGACCAGACGCUCGACGUCUGGAAUUACCGCGGGCACUUCCUGCUCCGCGAACUCGAAUCCCAGGUCGAUCUGUAUGACUGCGCCGGAGGCGUGUGGACCCAGACGACGGACGUGGAAGGCGAAGUGAACGGCAUGAUGACUUAUGAUCGCAGGAUCCUGAGGCCCGAUCUGCCGCAGUGGAAUGCGGAUAUCAAGGCGCUGUACGAUGCUAGUGCGAGGAGGAGUAAUGCGUCGACGCCCGGGCCGGGUACCGAAAUUCCGUUCGUGACGGCGACGGAGCCGUGGCCCGGGAAAUCGACUUUUUGGUCGAAAUAUCAUUGGACUGCGGCGGGACCGGCGAGGACGCAAGGCUAUGGGUAUACGUCUGGGUAUAGUGGGGUUCCCGGGGAAUGGGGACCGCCUCAGUAG